AUGAGAUCUCUGCUGUGGUCGCUGUGGUGGUGCAUGUUGUCUCUCAUAGCGGCAGUGGGGGGCUGUAAGAAGAAAACGAUCUGUAGACCGCCACCUGGUGGCAGACCCGGCUGCGGGCGAACCUGGUGGGGUCGGCACAAAUUGUUAAUCCUGUUUUUAAUGUUUCUGAAAAACGUUUCAUUUCAAUCCAGUCUAAGAGACGGUGAAAUCUUCGGAGACGACUAUAAGUUAGGACUUAACAGUCGUGGCAAACUGCAAAAUGUUGAAGAUAUAAAA